ACCACUGGAUAUCCGUUCGAAUUCAGCCACCCGAGGCAGGAUGGAGGAAGCACAACUGUUAAAGGAGCGCCUUCAAGCCAUUACGAACAAGAGAAAAAUCCAAGUGGAAAUCGCCAAGAAACGGCUUGAGAUUGAUAGGGAGAAACUGAAGCUUCAACAUGUCAAAAAAAGAUCCAUGAGAGAUCUGUGGCUCAUGGAUGGGAUGAACAAUAAUGAUACACAGGAAACACAUAAAGCUCUUGAAGAUGUACAACAAACCAAACUCCUCAAGAGCAACAUACAUCGGAUAGAGAAAGAUAUUGAAGCAUUGGAGAGAGAAGAAAUGAAUAUAUCAACAAAUGAGGGCUUGAUUCUAAAGAGACUCAAAGCCAUUGAAAAGUCUCCAGAGGAAAUUAUAAAGGCAGUGAAUGCAGAUUUCAUAUCAGAAACAAUCCAUAUUCAUUCAACAAUUCCAAAUAUGCUAAAGCCCAACUCAACUUUAUUGAAUCAGAGGAAAAAACAAGAACUGGAAACGGAAGCAACAAAUGACCAAGUCAAACCUGCUUUGUUUGCCAUGGAAAUUAACGUUCAGAAGGACUUGCGCACGGGCGAGAGCCAAGUCAUCUCCACCUCCACAAUUUCUCCCCAAGAGCUUCAGCAGAGGGGCAUCAAGGUCUACGAUGAUGGCCGGAAAUCCGUCUAUGCCCUACGCACAGACGGCCGCCAGCCUGGUGCUAAUGGAGUGGAUGAACUCAGUCCCAUAGAGGUCGAGGAGCUUCUGCGACAGGCUUCUGAGAAAAAGAAGAGGUCCAGUCUGGUGCAAGCAGACACUUCAUAUCCCUACAACCCUUCCCACGGCAUACAAUCAGCCCCCAGCAAGCCCCAUAGAAACAAAUCCAAUGGAUACCAGGAUACCUACAAUGUAGACAUGUCUGCAUGGCCUGAACUAGUGUACAGUGAUAGUGUACAUUAUCCAGAGGAUGUGGGUCAUAGAGUUCCUCUCCUGCCCAUGCCAAAUUACAAUGAAAGACCAGAGGAGUACUAUAACAACAGCAAAGGAAAUAGCUACGGCCACAAUUUAUAUAGAGGAGAUGAGCUUAGACAAUGUUACAAUCCAAGAGAGAAGCAUAGAGGAGACCUGCACAUGGAUUCUGACAUCAGAAACCACAGGCCACGCUCAGCAUACUCUGAGGACGCCAAACUUGGUGCCCUGAAUGCCAUGCCAUCGGACGAGCCCGUCACCAUGAUCUUCAUGGGCUACCAGAAUGCCGAGGAGGACAACCAAAGCUAUGAGGGCUCUGUUCGGGCAGAGCUGGUGAUGAUUGGAGAUGGUGAGGAUGACACCAGCAAAAGCUUUCACCCUCAUCUGAACUCCAAUGUCAACAAUGCCAUAGGCCAGGGGACCAGAUGGAAGGGCAAGGGAGAUGGCAUGGAGAACCCGUCAACUACAGAAUUACAGAUACAGAUGGAGAAAUUGGCCCAAACCGCAUAGUGUCCAAUGCAAGCAACACUCUGAGACAAUCACACACCAUUGUGCAAAGCAGGCUGUGAGACGGGAAACUUAAAUUGGCAUUUCGGCAGAGUCUUCUGAAAGUGAAACAAGGAUGUACACACACAAUUGCAUAUCUAAAUGUUAAUGUAAGCAUAGAAUGAAAUAUACAUGUUUGCAGUUUUACGAUGAAUCAAAGCAGUACAAAAAGAAAUGAAAUAAGAUAUUUAAUAAAAAAAAGUUGUCAUGUGUAUAUUUAGGGUGAUCCAUAUGCCUGUGAAAUAUAGUUGCCUUAUAAAUUAUUUGGACAUUCUUGCCACACUUAAAAAUUAAUAAAUGUCAUUGCAUUAGAUAACAAAAUAUCAAAUUAAGUGGUAAUAUUAUAAUGAAAGGUAGCACAAACACACUUCUCAGGUACAAUAUUUCACGAAAAGAGGUUUGAGAUUUAAAAACUUCAAAUAUAACAUUAGAUAUACUGUUGAACACCUUCUGGUUGUCAAACUUAGUGGAAAAUGUCCUUAGUUAAUGUGAUGAACUGGUUACUUACUCUGCUAGGAUACCUGUGGGAUACCUUCAUACAUCCACUAAAAAUCAAUUAAUAGUAAUUAAAAGUAAUUGUAGAAAUGGCUAAGAAAAUAGAAGUUCUAAGAACAGGUUUUGCAUUAUUUGUGUGCGUAUCAGUCACUUGGCUUGAUAUUUUGUUAUCUAAUUCUAUGCAAUUCAUAUUUAAGCGUCCAAAUACUUUUGGGGGUCACAUAACAUUUCAUGCUACUAAUUUCGUUAGUUUACAUCAUUUGAGCACAAUUUCAAUAGUGCAUGAAAGAAAUUAAUCACACAAACACACAUCUGCUAUAUAAGCUAUAAGACUUCUGUUUGAUAGGAAAUGCCAUAAAAGCAGAGAUCAAUAAAGACUGAUUAUAAUUUUGGAAAGCUUUACAUGAGAAUGCAAACUAAGGGACUGAACCAUUAGAAGGAAAAGACCCAGAAUGACAAUCUUAUCUCAUGACACUUCUGUGUAUACUGUAUGGCUUUGGCAGCUGUUGUAGACAGCUAUUGUCUAUACUAAUUGAGAAAGUGUCUGUCUUUCUUGUCCUGAUGUGUUCUUUCCAUGUCCUUUUUUAUAUCAGAUUCCCAUGUCAGUGUCCUCUUUGUCAGCCCUUAUUCUCUAUAAAUGUGUAUGCUUUUUUCAGUUUAUUUAGGUAAUAUAUGUUUCCUUUAUUUAAACAAUUAACCAAAUGUUAGACAAUUAAAUAUUUGUUGUUUUUGGUCACUUUGCAAUUUUGGAAAAUUGAUGGA